UCAUAGCUAUUCAGUAUUCAGUUGUUUUAGUUCAGUUUGUACUUACUGUGCUCCAAACUAUAUCGAAAUUUUCAAUAUAAAAUAUAAGAUUUCCUUUUACACAUUACAAAUAGUUUUUUGUAAAUUUUUCAGGUUGUGAUUUUACCAUAACAAGCAUAAUGAUGGGUUUACGUGAAAAAUCAUGCUAUAUAAUGCAGCAUUAUUUCCAUAUAUCGGCCAUUAAUUGUGAUUCGAAUGACAUGUGGAAGUUGCCCGAACUAAUAUCCGGAUUUGGGAAACUGCAAAAAUAUGUGGGAAGCUGCUCGGUUUGCACAGAGGAUAUGCUUCCAUUUCACAGGUUUUGUCUCGCGCUCUAUGGUAUUGUGGGAUUGAUCUUCCAUAUUAUGCUAUUUACGUCUAUAUAUUACUACCACGAUGAGAAUGAAUUAUGGUCCGUCUUGCGUACGAUAAAAAAAUCGAAUAAUUGGAAAACAUAUUGCUUUGUUCGCCUUCGUCUUUUGAUUAAAUUUGUUGAGAUUCAGUGCUGGAUGAUGCUCCUAUAUGCUGUGCUGAAGGAGUCCCCAGACUAUUUAGCACCAUUCUUACUAAUAAAUGGUUUCGCUUUGGCUAUAAACAUUUACUCACAAAUAAUGAAUUAUGUCCUUCGCAAGCUCACAUUGCGUUCCAUAUGCCAUUUUAUUCUGCUGCUGAUGACUCAGUGUUUGGUGAUCUGUGUCAAAGAAUUAUACACCAAGACUUUGAAGGGCAAUGCGAGUUCCUGGUAUGGAACUGAGUAAAUCAAGAGAAGAUCGUAUGAAACUCAGUAAAACAAGAGGAGAUUGGAUUAGAUCAGAAAAGCUUAAAUAAAACAACCUCUAGCUAA